CCGACAUCAAUGACGGUUCGUACUCGUCUAUGAUGAAACUUCAAACUACUAUUUUUUCUUGAACCAGAAAUUUGCCAAUGUCAUGUAGGUUGGUAUAUUAUUAUGUAAUUUAACAAACAUGUAGUAUAUGAAUUUCUUAUCUAGAAUCAUGAUGUGUUCUCAAAUGAUAAGAGGACAAUGAUCAAGUUUUCGAACUUUUUAUUCUUUUUUUAUGUGUUUUCAGUGAGCAGAGCUAAUAUAUUUUUUCUGAAAUUCAGUUGCUUGAGCGUACCAUGGCGAAAAGUUAAUUAAGUUUCACGUAACUAUGACUAAUUAAAAACUAUGUAGUGUUAUAAUAAGAAGUUUUCUUAAAGGUGCUAAGAAUUAUCCCUAAAGACCUUUUGCCUGGUGAUAUGUAGGAUGUGAUAAUCUGUAUGCUUAUAGAAAAAAAUGAGUUGGUGUUGUUCGUUGGUUAUGGUUGUGUUGUUCUAUUUAUUAGUGUAAUACUGUUGGUUUGAAGAGAAAGUGCAUUUGGUUUGAAGUUUGAGGAACUGCAAUUCUUAAAUAAUAAGUUGACUUACAUUAGAGGAUUAUCUUAGUCUGAUAAUAUUUAUGAGUCUCCGUGACGUAGAUCAGGCAGAAUCCAACUAUUUUGUGCAUUCUAUCUACAAAAUUUUCUUCAAAUUAUUUACUAAGAAUUUUUAUUAGUUUCUUAGCACAAAGAUGGUCCUCUAUCUGAGCAGAAGCACAAUUUGCGUUAGCCUUUGUAAACUGGCUUCUGACAGUUCCUGAACAAUUUAAUAUCUCUUGUCAUGACCAUUGUGACAACCAUCCGAGUAAUCAUUGGGUGGCGCUCUAUGUCGUUGAUUAUAUCUCUCCUAUUUAUCGGGAAGGAUACAAAUGUAAAACACACACAAUGUGAGGUGGAAGCAUUCAACACAAAGCGACUUCAUGCUCGUUUCAAAAAAUAAAUUCUGCCCCUUACUAUGAUAUGUUGGAGAAACACUUCCCCGAAAACAAUGAUUAUUCGGAUGAUGAUGAUCCCCACAGCUCAUUGUGGAAGAUUGGCAAAAACUUGGGCUUGAGAAAGAAUCAUAUUGUUCAGGUUAAAAAAGUUCCCAAGUCUCCCUAGAGUUGUUGUGUUGCUCUUGUUCCUAUCAUUAUGAAGUUUGUAUACAUGCAAAGGCACUUGAUUCAGUAGCUUUUCAAGGUUCCUGAAUGGUUCAAGAUCACAAUGGCAAGAGAAAUUUUUUCAGAAGAAGAGCUUCCAGCUUCAGCAUGUCACAGUUUUGACAGAGCAUUCAAGAAUUCAAGAUUCGUAAACAUGGGCACAAUUCGAGACUUCAUAUUAAAAAGCAGUGUUUCGGACACAGAACCUGGGAUAAGUACUGUUGCAGGAAAAGCGAAGGAGCCAAAUAACACUAUUCCAUUUUACAAGUUGUUUACUUUUGCUGAUUCAUGGGAUAAAAUUCUGAUGAUAGUAGGUACAAUCGGUGCCAUUGGAAGUGGGCUUGCACAACCCCUAAUGACCCUCAUUUUUGGUGAAUUAAUAGAUGUCUUUGGUAAAGCAAACAAGGACUCUAUUGUAUCGGAAGUAUCAAAGGUAGUGCUUAAAUACAUUUACUUGGCCUUGGGGUGUGGUACAGCAGCAUUUCUUCAGGUGGCUUGCUGGAUGAUUACUGGGGAAAGACAGACAACAAGAAUUAGAAGCCUUUAUCUUACAACUAUACUGCAACAAGAUAUUGCUUACUUUGAUCGAGAAGUAAGUACUGGGGAAGUAAUUGGACGGAUGUCGGGUGAUACUAUUCUAAUUCAAGAUGCCAUUGGCGAGAAGGUGGGAAAACUCAUCCAGGUUGUCACGGUAUUUGUUGGAGGCUUCGUGAUUGCAUUCACAAAAGGGUGGCGUCUUUCGCUAGUGAUGCUGCCGAUUAUUCCUUUCAUUGUCAUGUCUAGUGGGAUGACAUACUUUAUCAGAUCAAAAAUGGCUAAAAAGAUACAAAAUGCAUAUGUUGGUGCCGCCAACGUUGUCCAACAAGCAGUUGGAUCCAUUAGAACAGUCGCAUCAUUAACUGGGGAAAACAAAGUUAUGAGUGAGUACAAGAAGUUCCUCAAGAGCUCUUACAAAUCCGAUGUAGUAGCAGGGACGAGCGCAGGUUUUGGUACUGGAUUCGUCCGACUUAUCGUGCUAUGGAAUUUUGGGUUGGGCGUCUGGGUUGGUGCGAAAAUGGUGUUGCAAGAAGGUUAUACAGGUGGUCAAGUGUUUACCAUUCUACUUGCAGUUAUUAUAGGUUCCAAUAUUCUAGGCCAAGGAGCUCCAUCACUAGCCGCAUUUGCCACUGCCCAGGCGGCUGCAGCCAAGAUGUUUGAGACGAUGAAUAGAAAACCAACCAUAGAUGCAUACGACAACAAAGGAAAAAUACUCGACGACAUUCGUGGGGACAUAGAACUGAGAGAUGUAUGUUUUAGCUAUCCAUCACGACCAAAAGAACAAAUUUUUACUGGAUUUUGCCUAUUCAUUCCCAGUGGCUCAACUACGGCUUUGGUUGGAAACAGCGGAAGUGGGAAGUCCACUGUGAUUGGCUUGAUCGAGAGAUUUUAUGAACCGCUUGGCGGUCAAGUGUUGAUCGAUGAUGUUGAUCUCAGAGAAAUCCAAAUCAAGUGGAUUAGGUCGAAAAUAGGCCUAGUCAGCCAAGAGCCCGUGCUUUUUGCAGGAAGCAUCAGGGACAACAUUGGAUAUGGGAAAGAUGGAGCGAGUCUUGAAGAGAUUAAUGAUGCCGCAUUAUCAGCAAAUGCUUAUGAUUUAAUUUCCAAGCUACCACAGGGGUUUGAUACUGUGGUAGGGGAGAAUGGGGUUCAACUUUCUGGUGGACAGAAACAAAGGGUAGCUAUAGCACGAGCAAUUUUAAAAGACCCAAGAAUUCUACUUCUGGACGAGGCAACAAGUGCAUUAGAUAUUGAGUCUGAGAGGAUUGUGCAGGGGGCUCUGGAGAAGGCAAUGGUGAACCGAACAACACUUAUAGUCGCACACCGACUCAGCACCAUUAGAAAUGCCGAUAUGAUUGCUGUCCUUUACCAAGGAAAAAUUGUUGAGCGAGUAUUUAGGUUCAUCGCAAUUUUUAGACCACAAGGUAACUCAAUUGUCACUACUCAUCAGCUACAUACACCAUUCAAACUUUCAGGAACACACUUGGAACUACUCAGUGAUCCUCAGGGAGUGUACUCAAACCUCAUAAACUCUCAAGAAAUAAACAAAAAUGAGGAAGGAAAACAAGAUGCGAAUAUCAUCAUGACACAACCCGACAACAUACUGUAUAGUCAAACAACAUCUUAUGUACCCAAGGAAAGGAGCAUUUGUAAUGAGCCGUCAGAGAAACUUCCAAUGUACCGGCUAGCUUAUCUCAACCGACCUGAGGCAGCAGCACUAGUAGUUGGAGCCGUAUUUGCCAGUAUUUAUGGGGCAAUACAUCCGGUAUAUGGCUUAUUACUCUCAAGCUCGAUCAAAACAUACAACGAGCUGCCACACCAGUUGAAAAAGGACUCGGUGUUUUGGGCUCUGAUGUUUGUAUUCCUCGGAGCAAUACACGUUAUAGUGUACCCAUCCAUGACGUAUCUAUUCAGCGUGGCCGGGAUGAAACUGAUAAAGAGAGUUAGAGUGAUGUGUUUUGAGAAGAUAGUUAACAUGGAGAUAGAGUGGUUUGAUAGAUGGGAGAACUCGAGCGGAGCGAUAGGGGCACGACUAUCAACCGAUGCAUAUCUUAUUCGGUCUCUGGUUGGGGAUUUUCUAGCAGAGCUCGUUCAGGGUCUGGCUUCUGUUGUGGUGGGGCUGGGAAUAGCUUGUGCGGCCAGCUGGCAACUAGCUCUUAUUGUUUUUGCAACAAUACCACUGUUAAUUUUCAAUGGAUAUGUUCAGAUGAGAUCAGUGAGGGGUUUCAGUAGAGAUGCUAAGCUGAUGUAUGAGGAAGCAAGUCAAGUUGCUAAUGAAGCCGUUACCAAUAUAAGAACGGUUGCCUCGUUUUGUGCCCAAGAGAAGGUUAGAGCGACGUACAAUAAGAAAUGCAAACAACCGGCCUUGAACGGGGCCAAACAAGGGUUGAUUAAUGGAAUAGGUUUUGGUUUGUCCAUAUGUUUGUUCUACUCAGUCUUCGCCACCAUCUUCUACGCGGGAGCACGUCUCUUUCAGGAUGGAAAAGCAACCAGUUCUGAUGUCUUUCGUGUGUUUUAUGCUUUGGCCACGGUGGCAUUUGCUAUAUCCUCAACAUCAUCAUUUGCUCCAGAUUGGAGCAAAGCAAAAAAUGCAGUCGCCUCUGUGUUUGCAAUUCUUGAUAGAAAAUCCAAGGUUGAUCCUAGUGAUGAGUCGGGCAUUACUUUAGAAUGCGUCGUCGGUGAAAUUGAGUUUGACCGAGUCAACUUCAGCUAUCCCACUCGUCCAAGCAUUCAGAUCCUGAGAGAUCUCUCUUUGACUAUUAACAGUGGCAAGGGUUUUGAGAAUCGUUUGGUUGGGAAUGUGAAAGUAGUUGCUUUAGUUGGGGAGAGCGGAAGCGGGAAAUCAACGGUGAUCUCAUUACUUGAAAGAUUUUAUGAUCCUGAUUCUGGUCGUAUUUUGCUCGAUGGAAUUGAAAUAAACAAGUUCCCGGUGAAAUGGCUGAGGCAGCAGAUGGGCCUUGUUAGCCAAGAGCCCAUCUUGUUUAACAACACCAUCCAAGCCAACAUCGCCAGUGGAAAGGUAGAAAAUGCGACUGAGUCUGAAAUUAUAGCGGCUGCAAAGUUAGCCAAUGCACACCAAUUCAUUUGUGGAUUGCAGCAGGGGUAUGACACAAUGGUUGGAGAACGUGGGGUCCAGCUAUCGGGCGGCCAAAAGCAACGGGUGGCUAUUGCUCGAGCCAUCUUGAAGAGCCCAAAGAUACUACUAUUAGAUGAGGCUACAAGUGCAUUGGAUGUCGAGUCUGAGAAAAUAGUCGAGGAAGCACUCGACAAAGUCAUGUUGAACAGGACCACAAUUGUCAUUGCGCAUAGGCUAUCAACAAUAAGGGGAGCGGAUGUGAUUGCUGUAUUUAAAAAUGGAAGCAUUGUAGAGAAAGGGAAUCACAAUGCCCUUAUCGGUAUCAAAGAUGGUCUCUACUCCUCCCUUGUCAACCUUCACACCACUUGCAUUUUGCUCCUGUGUAAUACUGAAAGUUUCAGCAUCGUGCUCCAGUUACAACCUUCUAGUCCAAUUCCUUGGGAAGGAUAUUGA